GCUCAUUCUUUGUGCUAUAGUCGUAUAUAGAAAUCAGAUAAUUCCUUAUCAUAUUUAAAUUUGAUGUUACACGAAGGAUUUGGUUUAAAGAACCAAUUAUGCAUCAAGUUUUAAUUCUAAUAUGUUUAGCUGUGUCUGGAAUGGCGACAGCUGAGUCAGAAACAGAGUCCGCUAUUCUAAAAAGGCUGGAAGCAACAGAAAGGCUCGUUCAAAGUCUCUUUGAUGAAGUGGAAAGCUUGAAAGUGCAGGACCAAAUCCAUAAAGAGCAAAUUGUCGGCUUGAAGAAACAGUUACACUGGCAGCGACAACGUAACAGUUACCUUGGAAAACUUAACAGGCUAAGAACCGGUAAACUAAAGACGGGUCAAGUGGAAGAUACUGUGCCAGUUAGCAAUAAAAAUCCGGAUCAUGUUGAAACCAAACAUGAUGCACAAGUAAACAGAAUAAGGAGAGCCGAAAAUGAAAUUCACGUGGCUUUUUUCGCAAAAAUGGACAAACAUCUGGUACAUGCUGGAAUCCACCAGAAUAUCGUCUUCGAUACUGUUGUCACUAAUGUAGGAAAUGGUUAUCACAGUCAUGUAGGAACAUUCAUAGCUCCGGUGUCUGGAACAUACGUAUUCUCUGCAACUCUUGUUUCAUUCUACCAUGUAAAUGCACAUGCAGAGUUUGUAAAAAACGGCCAGGUCCUCACAACAAUGUUUGUUAAUGGUGCUGAAGCUGGUUAUGAUACAACAAGCCAAACAAUAGUUCUUCAGCUGCAAAAAGGGGAUGACGUAGUUGUUCAAAAUAAAGACGCUGACAAGUCGUUCUAUGGCACAGGUCAAGGUACUUUCUCUGGGUUUCUUUUGUUUGAAGAUUUCUCAAGUCCAAGUAUCGUUGGAAAAUGAAAUGAAAUAUAAGGAUACAAGAAAAAAUAAAUAGUUCUGAGUUCAG